AUGAUAGCCAAUCAAAAGCAUUCAUCCGAUAGUAUAGCUAGCGAGCAGGAAGUUAUUAGAUAUACGAAAAUAUUAGCCCAGGCAUUUGGACUAAACGAGCAAAAUGCAGAAGUAUAUAAAAAGAGGGUAAAAAGAUUAGAGAGGAAUGUAAAGUUCUUAGAGACUGAAUUAGAGGAUUUGGAUGAAUGUGUAGAUAGUGAGACUGUGGUCAACUUGAUACAUGAAAUAGUUCCCUUGCUGAUUGGUAAAAAAGGGCCGAAAGGCGCUGUGCAUAAAGGUUUCUCCUAUUCAUCUGAGUCUUCCAAAGAUUCCGAUUCGGUUGAGAUAAUUGAGGAAUAUUAUUCGAAACUGAAAGAGUGUAAUUUAAGCAAAGACUAUCCAGAAUGGCUUCUUAAAAAUCUAUUCUUCAGAGGAUUAUCACCUGAAGAUAUAUUAAAAGUUCGUUUGGAUGGGUUACAAGCACUUGCGUUAGAUGACAUAGUGGAAAGGCUUAAUAAUUGUCAUGAUUUACAAGAGUUCCAUUUUGCUGAAGCACGUCGGAUCACAGAUAAAUCUAUAAGUUGCAUCUUAAACUCAUGCCCAAAUUUACGAAAUCUUGAUAUUUCAUAUAGUAAGGGGGAUGUCAAAGAUGCUAGUAUGUUAAUACAGAGAUGUCUCAGCAUAGAAUAUCUUGACUUUGCUGGUGUCAUGGCUUUCCGUAAUGAUGCAUUAAUUGUGGCUAUCAUCAGAGGAUCUCCGAAUUUAAGACAUUUAGAGAUCGGUCAUAAUGAUAUUGAAUCUUCUGGCUCCGAAGCCGAAUCAGAGUCCGAACCAUCUAGCUCUGAAUCAGAUGAUGAAGUUGCCUAUGAUAAUGAUGUACCUCCUCCGAUGAUUAUGGGCACGGCUGAAACUCCGAAUGAUUUUAUUACUGCAUUUAAUGAUUAUCUUAGACAGGCUGGUGGUGCUCAGAAUAUUAUUUCCAUGUUUCUUAGUUAG